AUGAGGAUGAUCGUUGGCUUCCUACGCAAAGCCCUUGUGCUCCAGGUGAGGUUCACUCUCACAGCUUCUCCAACCCCACAAAGUUUGCAUUUUCUUCUCCACCACUUCUACCCAUUCUCAUCUUCCUCCACAUCCAUUCCCACUUCUGAAAGAUCAGAGUCAUUCACUGUGUCUUACCUCAUUGACUCAUGUGGCCUCUCUCAUGAAGAUGCUCUAUCAGCUUCCAAAUUACUCCGCUUUGAAACCCCCGAAAAACCCGAUUCGGUCCUUGCCUUCUUCAACAGCCAUGGCUUCUCCAAAUCCCAAACCUCAAAAAUCGUCAAAUCGCUACCUCGACUACUCGCAUCCGAUCCCGACAAAACCCUUUUGCCCAAACUCCAAUUCUUCUACUCCAAAGGCGCUUCCAAGCCUGAUGUUGCCAAGAUCGUAGUCUCAACCCCAGGCAUCUUGAAACGAAGCUUGGAAAAUCAAAUCAUUCCUUCUUUUAAUUUCUUGAAAGAUUUCCUUCAAUCCGACGAGAUGGCAAUUACUGUUGUUAAACGCUUUUCCCGGAUUCUGCUCUUUGAUCUUCACACCUAUGUGGCUUCUAAUAUGAAUGCGUUGCAAGAAUUUGGAGUACCCAAAUCAAAUAUUGCAGGAUUGCUAAUGUCUAUCGAUGAGUAA